AUGGCAAUAGCAUCUGGUAUUAGUGUGCUUACUGGUAGAGACGAUCCUAAAAAACAACCAGAGUCUUCAACAUCCUUACUUCCCACAGGUAUUCUAGCUUCUUAAAUCUUACUUCUUAAAGGCACAAUACCACCUAUUGAGCGAUGUGAUAUAACGCGCGAUAAACAACGCUUCGGCAUUCGAAGAUGGCAAAAUGGAUAGAGUGUGAUGACACUAUACACGAGUUUUGUGACGUAUCUGACAACCAAUGGCUUUCAAAACGCUCUGGCGAUAUACGUAAAGUACUUACUUUUCCUUCCUGGUCCGAAUGCAAAAUAGCUAACUAGGAAUAAUUCCUAAAUACUGUCAAAACCAAGAGCGAAAUGUGGUCGAACAAAUUACCGGUAUUGUUGCGAUACAUGUAACUGUAAAUUUGUAAGUGUAAUUUGAUAUCAAAAAGAGCAAAGGUCGGUAAAUUUGCUUGGAAAUUGUAAUAAUUAAAGAUUUAGUGCAAUUUAAAACGAUAUUAACUAUAUAUUUCAAUGAGACCCACUCCUUGUGCAAAAUCAAUAAACUUGAAAAAGUUUGUGAACUUUUUCAAGUUUUGACCUACUAAAUCACAUCGCUCAGCAGGUGGUACUGUGCCUUUAACGUCUCUAUUGGGUUUGGCAUUAUGAUUUGCUGUUUACGUCUAAUAUCUAUGUUGUCGAAAUUUCACUGCUAACAAAGCAAAUUCAGCGCGUGCAUCAGCUUUCACAACAACUGGAUACAGGAACUGGGCUAAUGCUCUUGAUAAGGACAAAGGAUUUCUUCAGCACGAACGAUCAGAACUUCAUAAAAACAGCUAUUCAAAUUGGAUGACCUGGCAAAAAGUUCAAGAGGGUUCUGAGAUAAACAUUAUCCAAAGGCUGUGUCCUGAUAGAGCCACGGUUGCAAGUGAAAACAGAGAGUAUCUUAGACAUCUCCUCAAGUAUGUACUCUGGUUUACAACCAACGAGCUUGCAAUGCUCGGAGAUGAUGAGUCUGAUGAGUCUAAGAACCCGGGAAAGUGGAUAACAUUUAUUAAACUGCAGUUAGAAAUGAAUCCCACAUUUAGAGAAUUGCACAAUAAAGUUACGAAGUCUAAGAGUACAGAUUACACAAGUAAAACAAGUGUAAAUGGCUUCAUCGAGAUUAUAGCAGACAGCGUGCGUAAGGUCAUUUGCUCCCAAAUAAAGGAUGCUGGGAUGUUUUCAGCUCUUAUUGACGAAAGCAAAGACACAGCAAAAAGAGAAGAGUUUGCCCUGGCUGUUAGAUACUUCGCUCGUAAGGUAGUUGAACGUUUUUAUGACCUCAGGCAUUUGGAAUCAUUCGAUGCCAGAACAAUCAUGAACGUUACAAAGGAAAUAGUUGCUAACAUCAUUCAAAGUUCAGAAGGAUCUAUAGUUGUUUCAUUGGGAGCUGACGGGGCCAGCGUUAUGUCUGGAGAGUUUG